AUGGGAGAAGGGCGAAGGAUUGAGGGAGCCAAUGGCAGAGCGGAGGGGGCGGGGCUAAAAACGAGCGCGGCCAAUCGCAAUGAGGAAAGGGCGGGGCUACGGAGGCGGGAGACGGCGGGAGGAGGGGGCGGGGCCGCGGUGAACCGGAACCAAUCGGAAUUCGAGGAGGGCGUGGUCAGAGCGAACCGGAGCCAAUCAGAGCGCGAGGCGAUGCUGGCGCUGGCGAUCAUCGGAGCUUCCGGCUCCGCCCCCCCGGCCCCGCCCUUCCUGGAGGAACCGACCAAUAGCAGCGCAGCUCUGGGCGAGGGGGCGGAGCUUCGCUGUCUCACCCAGGUGGGCGUGGCCGUGCAAUGGGCGCGGGGGGGGCUCCUGCUCGGGGCCACGCCCACCCAGACCCAUCCUCGCUACCGAUUGGCUGGAGACCCCCGCAGAGGUGAGCACCACCUGCGGAUCCGGCCGGUGACGCUCGAGGAUGACGACGUCUUCCAGUGCCAGGCGGGGGAGGGGAACGGCACCAGGCCACGCCCAUCGCGCCCCGCCCAGCUGAGCGUGCUGGUUCCCCCCAGUCCCCCCCAGUUGGAGCUGCUGGAGGGGGCGGAGCUUCCCCUGGUGGGCGGGGCCGAGGUUCAGAUUCGCUGCCACGCCCACGACGCUCGCCCCUCCCCCACCCUGGAGCUGCGCCUGGGGGAGCGGCUCCUUCCCGACGUCUCCUCCCGGGUGUUCGAGGGCUCCCACCCCAAACUCAGCUCCAGCGAGGCCACGGCCAGGCUGACCCCCAGCCCCGCUGACCACGGCUCCGUCCUCGUCUGCUCGGCCUCCAACGCGGCCGGGGCGGCUCCGGCCGAGGCCAAACUGCGGCUGGACAUCGCUGUCCCUCCCAGUGCUCCCAGUAUCGAGGGGCUGCCGCCACUGGUGCGGGCGGGGGAGGAGCUGCAGCUGCUCUGCGUCAGCCGGGGGGGGCGCCCCACCCCCAGUCUGCACUGGGACAAGGACGGGCUCCCAUUGGAGGGGGCGUGGUCAGAGGACUCGGGGGGCGUGGCCAGGACCCGUCUCGUGCUCAGCCCCGCCCCCGAUGAUGAUGGCGCCACCUUGCGGUGCCGAGCGGUGACGUCACUUCCGGGGGGCGGGGCCAGCGCCAGCGUCAAACUGAGAGUGACGUACGGCCCCUCGGAGCUGACCCUGCUGGGCUCGGGCGCGGUGGCCGAGGCCGGGGAGGCGGCGCUGAGCUGCACCAGUGCUCCCAGUAACCCCCCAGUACGGCUGCGCUGGUGGCUGGGGGGGAGGGAGCUGAGGGCGAGCCACGAGGGAGCGACAGCGGGGGGCGGGGCCGUGUCCAACCUGACGCUGCGGGGGAGGGUCCAGGACCACGGGGCCCCCCUGGUGUGCGAGGCCGAGACCCCCGGGGUGGGGACCCGGAGCGUCAGCGUCACCCUGAGCGUCAGCCACCCUCCCCAGGCUCUCUGGAUCGAGGCCCCUCCCCCCAACGCCACCUUCCGGGUGGGGGAGGGGCUGCGGCUGCUCUGCCACGCCCGGGGGGGGCACCCGGCACCCAAACUCACCUGGACCAAGGACGGGCGCCCCCUGCUGGACGCUCCCCCCCAGAGCCGCGAGGGUCACGUGACCUCCAGGCCCCUCCCCCUUUUGGCCACGCCCAGUGACAAUGGCGCCCCCUAUCGGUGCGAGGCUGCACCCACCCGCCAGGGGGCGCCACCCACCCGCAGCCAACCCGUCAGGCUGAGGGUGCAGUUUCCAGCCCAGUCCGUUUCCAUCUCGGUGUCUCCGCGGGAGCCCCGCCCCGGCCACGCCCUGAUCCUGACGUGUCGCGCUGGCCCCGCCCACCCGGCGCCGCUGCUGACGUGGAUCCGGCCCGGCCACGCCCCGGACCCGGGGCAGCCCCUCCCCCCCAGCCCCGCCCCCCACGGGGGGGUCACGGUGGGGUCGCGGCUGCUCCUGCAGGGGGCGCUGUCGCUCCAGGAUCAUAUAAACCAGUAA